UAUAUGUAUCUGAAUCAUAAAAUGUAUAAUCAAAACACAAAUCUAUAAGUAAAGUUGACCCUAGAAAAUACUUCAAAUUGAAGAAUAAUCGUCCUGAAAUUUUCACAUCGAAAAUUUGUUUAGAAAUCAGUCUCACAGAUAAUAAACUGUGAAUUGGUUGACAAUUAAUACAAUCAAAAUAGUGAGAUUAUGGCUUCUCUCAGCAUGGAUUUCCUUUCUGAAUCUACGUUUGACCUCAACGAUUUCUCUGAUUUCAACAGAAUGGAUGCCCAUAAUGAAACAGGCAAUGGAAAAUGGUAUAACACGAAGUCUUCAUAUGAUCUCAAUGAGAAAGGGAGAAGCACUGAGGACAUGUAUCAGAUGACUUUUCAGUCUAAAGAUCCAAUAAUUCCCAUAUCGUCACCAGAAAAACCACCCAAGAAAAAACUAAGUUCUACGGUUGGAGGACAUGGACAUGGAAUUCCAGUUGAACAUCCCACAUCAUAUGUGGAAACUUUGAUGCAUUUGCUGAAAGGCAAUGUGGGAUCAGGAAUCUUUGCUAUGGGUGACGCUGUAAAAAAUGCAGGAAUUAUUGUUGGACCAAUAUCUAUAUUAUUCUUAGGAAUGAUAUGCCUUUACUGUCAACAUUUACUGUUGAGCGCAGCUGAGAGGGUGGGUCUAAAAGCUGAUGGAACCCCACCAGAUUUUGCUGAAACAGUUGAAAUGGUUUUCGCCGAAGGGCCACCAAGGUUGCAGCGAAUGUCCAAAACAAUAAAAAAAGUGGUCAAUAUAUUCUUAUGUGUAACUCAAGUAGGAUUUUGUUGUGUAUAUUUUGUGUUCAUAGCAAAAAAUUUGAAACAGGUUUUGCAAAACUACGACUUCGAUUUGGACGUCCAUUAUAAUAUGGCAAUUAUAUUCCUUCCAAUACUCCUAACAGCUUUAGUUCGUAAUCUGAAAUACUUAGCACCGUUUUCUAUGUUUGCGAAUUUGGUCAUGUUGAUAGGAUUGGUGAUUACUGUUUAUUACAUAGUACAGGAUCUUCCAUCAGUGGAAGAAAGAGAUUAUGUGGCUCCAUUCAACCAUAUGCCACUGUUUUUUGGUACCGCACUGUUUGCUUUUGAAGGCAUAGGACUGGUCCUGCCCUUGCAAAAUGAAAUGAAAAAUCCAAAAAAUUUCUCUAGACCUUGUGGCGUACUCAAUGUAGGAAUGGGAAGUGUGAUCAUCCUCUACAGUAUCAUGGGAUUCAUAUCUUAUUUGAAAUUUGGAGAACAGAUUGAAGGAAGUGUGACUCUCAAUUUGCCGCGAGAUGAGGUUUUAGCCCAAUCAGUGAAGCUGAUGAUUUCAGUUGGUAUCCUUCUGACAUAUGCACUUCAGUUUUAUGUUCCUGUUGAGGUCAUAUGGCCCUGGUUCGAUAACAAAUUUGAUUUCAAACACCCUGUGAUGGCUGAAAUGCUUUUCAGAUUAUUUCUGGUUUCCAUCACGUUUAUUCUAGCUGAGGCAAUUCCAUAUCUUCCACUCUUCAUCUCCCUGGUUGGAGCAGUGAGCAGUACAGCAUUAGCCCUCCUGUUUCCACCAAUCCUGCAUCUUGUCAUAUCGUACAGCCGUGGAGAACUAACUUUUAUACAAAUUUUCACUGACUUGUUUGUAAUGAUUUGCGGACUUAUUGGAGCCUGUACAGGUACAUACGAGAGUGUUCAUUCCAUCAUCAAUGCAUUCCAAAAUGGAACAACAACCCAGUGACACGAAUUAGACAAGAAUAGAAAAAUCUCGAGCUUCAACAGUGCAUGUUACUUUGGAAGAAGAAGAGAUAGCGAAUAUAACAGUCGACUUGAUAUGGCCGAUUGUGAUGUUAUCGACAUUGCGACAUCUAUGAAUGAGUUACGGAAGAGAUAAAUCCGUGUGACUUUAUGUUUUCGAAACUGAUUCAUUGAAUAAUGACAAUAAUAAGUUGACUAUGUUGAUGUGAGGAGAUCAGCCCUCAUUGUGAUAAUAUGUGAAUUUAGUGUGAUUAUUAAAACAAAUUUUGAUGUAUCAAUUCAUUUAUAUAAUUUAGUGGGUUCUGGAAGCUGUGAUUUAAAAGUGAUAAAUUCGUGGCAUGUGAAUCAGAUUAAGAGAAAUUUAUUGGAAGUUUUGAUUGUUCCUAGUCUUUGACUAGAGUAAAAAUAUAGUUGAUAUUUGACAUUGUUAUGACUUGUAGAUUGUUUUAUAUAUUGAAAUUUGUACCUAGAACUGUGAAUUUUAUUAUUAGCUAUUUACUCAGAUGGAUUUUUUUUAAAAGUCAGAAGGAAAUAUAAUUUAUUCCCAUAAGA